CUUUCCCUGCUGACUCCAGGAGGCAGGCCAGCCCAGACAAAAGCAGGUCUCCUCUGGUGGUGGCACCCUGCUCAACAUGACCUCCCAAGCGCAGGCCUCUGGUUUGCUGCUGCUGCUGCUCACCCUGCCAGCCACAGGCUCGGACCCUGUACUGUGCUUCACCCAGUAUGAGGAAUCCUCCAGCAAGUGCAAGGACCUCCUGGGGGGAGGUGUCAGUGCUGAAGACUGCUGUCUCAACGCUGCCUACGCUUUCCAGGAGCAGGGCAGUGGGCUCUGUCAGGCAUGCAGGUCCCCACUAUGGUCAUCAUGGUCCGUGUGGGCCCCCUGCUCGGUCACCUGCUCUGAGGGCUCCCAGCUGCGGUACCGACGCUGUAUAGGCUGGGGUGGGCAGUGCUUUGAAAAGGUGGAGCCUGGAACUCUUGAGUGGCAGCUGCAGGCCUGCGAGGACCUGCCGUGCUGUCCUGAGAUGGGUGGCUGGUCCAACUGGGGGCCCUGGGGGCCUUGCUCUGUCACCUGCUCCAAAGGAACCUGGACCCGCCAGCGAGCAUGUAACAAUCCCAUCCCCAAGUGUGGGGGCCACUGUCCAGGAGAGGCACACGAGUCAGAGCCCUGUGACACUCAGCAGGUCUGCCCCAUACAUGGGGCCUGGGCCACCUGGGGCCCCUGGGAUCCCUGCUCAGGCUCCUGCCACGGUGGACCCCAUGUCCCCAUGGAGAGACGAAGCCGUACCUGUUCUGCUCCUGAGCCCUCCACAAAGCCUCCUGGGAAGCCCUGCCCAGGGCCAGCCUAUGAGCAGCGGGGCUGUGCUGGCCUGCCUCCAUGUCCAGUGGCUGGAGGAUGGGGGCCAUGGAGCCCUGCCAGCCCCUGCUCUGUGACCUGUGGCUUGGGCCAGACCCUGGAACGGCGAACAUGCAAUAACCCUCUGCCCCAGCACGGAGGUCCCUUCUGUGCUGGUGACUCCACCCGGACCCACGUCUGCAACGUGGCUGAGCCCUGCCCUGUGGACGGAGAGUGGGAGCCCUGGGGGGAGUGGACCACCUGCUCCCGCCGGAACAUGAAGUUUAUCAGCUGUGAGGAAAUCCCGGGGCAGCAGACACGGUCGAGGGACUGCAAGGGCCGCAAAUUCAACGGACAGCGGUGUGUCGGGAAGCAGCAGGAUAUCCGGCACUGCUACAAUGUCAAUCGCUGCCGCUGGAAAGGUUCAUGGUCGGAGUGGAGUACCUGGGGCCUGUGCAUGCCUCCUUGUGGACCCAACCCCACCCGUGCCCGCCAGCGCCUCUGCACAGCUCCAUUCCCCAAGUUCUCGCCCACUGUUUCCACGGUGGAAGGGCAGGGCGAGAAGAACGUGACCUUCUGGGGGAAGAUGUGGCCACAGUGCGAGGAGAUGCAGGGGCAGAAGCUGGUGGUGGAGGAGAAGCGGCCAUGUCUACACGUGCCUGCCUGCAAAGACCCUGAGAACGGAAAGCCGUAAAGCCUCUUCCUUCAACUCUGAUCCCCUGACUUCCCAGACCUCAAUAAACCAGCCUUUUUGGGCUCUUCAAAGUU